CUUAUAAAAACUUAAUACUUACGAAAAUUAUGUCUUUUAUCUAUGUAGGGAUUAGUGUUUUCUUCCGCGACUUAUGCAGCAGAGUAGUGACUGAAGAGGGUAUUAAUAAUUUGAAGACAAACGCACCAGUCAGCAUGUGCAACCUUGAGAAGAUAUUUCCUCCAUCAUUCUUUGAUGUAAUGGAACAUCUUGCUAUUCAUCUCGCAAGAGAAUUUGAAUUUGGUGGUCAUGUGCAGUACAGAUGGAUGUAUAUUUUUGAGCGUUAUAUGCAUCAUCUGAAGAAGAUGGUUAAAAAUCAAAGCAGGGUGGAAGGAUCUAUAGUGGCACAGGUGAUUAAUGAAGAAACUGCAAUCUUUGCUGAAAACUAUUUUUCACCAGAAGUGCAUACAAAACACCGAAGACCUGCUCGGCAUGAUGAUAGAGGGGAGAGAGCAACAUAUCAUGUUACUGUCCCAAGCAUGUUCAAGGAAAUAGGACGACUUAGUGGAAAAUUCACGAAGCGGAGACUUACGGACACUGAGCACGCUCAUUUGCAAACAUAUUUGCUCACCAACUGUGAAGAUGUUCUACAAUAUGAGAGUGUAUAUAUGGCGGAGUUGCGUAUGACUCACAGGCAUGCAACAGAAGAUGAGCUUCGACAACUUAGAGAUAACGGAUUUGCUGCGUGGCUUCGUAGUUAUGUGAAUGAUGGUUUGGCCAGAGGUCUUGUGUUCGAUGAUUGGGUACGCGAAUUUGUGCAGGGACCAAACUAUGUGGUCAAAUCAUAUCCUAAAUUUUGUACGCGAGGAUAUGCAUUCACAAGGAAAGGUCAUUCUAAGACAACAUAUGAUGCUGGUGUUUCAUCUUCUUCUGGUGACGAUGUCUACUACGGCAACAUAAAAGAAAUAUUGGAAAUCCAAUUUCCUGGAAUGGUUGGAUUGCGUUGUGUAGUAUUCUAUUGUGAUUGGUAUGACACCACCCCAGAUAGAGGAGUGAAGAUUGAUGCGUUUGGUGUUACAUCAGUUCAUUCGCGGCGGAAACUUCAAUAUUAUGAUCCCUUCAUUCUUGGUUCGCAAGCUGAUCAGGUGUGCUACAUCAGUUACCCUCGGGUGACGUACAGAGACGAUCCAUGGGUUACUGUAACGCAAAUCAACCCAAGAGGACGAGUGGAUGGAACUUCUGAUGAUGAUGAACCAUUGCAACCAGAGUCUACUAGCAACGCCCAGGCAGUUGAAGAUUUGGAAAAUGUUCAACUUGUUGAGAAUUUGACUGUGUUUGGACAUGAUGCUGUUGUACAUUCGGAGCCAGAAGCCGAGGUUGGGGAGUUUGAUGAAGAUUCAUAAGAUUCUGAUUAGUUUUUUUUUUUUUAUUGGUCCGUCGGA